CCGUCUUUGACAAUCGUCAACUUGAAGCGUGGAGAGGAGGAGGAGGAGGAGGAGGAGGAAGCGGUGGAGGGAUCCAUUUGAGGCGAUGGGCCGAGAUCGAUGGCAGUGAGGCGACGACGUCAUGUGACCCUUCUUUGCUCCUGCAGUCUGAGUGUCGAAUAUUUGGCUUCAAUCUAUUAUUUAGACCUCGAGCAUGGUUCUUUGCAGAAGAGCUGCUCCCGCCGAAGAAGGGAAAGCGCCAACCGCUUCACGCAAGCGGUGAGACGCUGGCAUACGCGUCUUCACCGACGACGUCGACGAGGCCGCCUUUCUGCCUCACACCACCACUCAAAUAUACUGUACGGCUCUUGCUCUUAUGACCCUCGGUGACGUGCCCCUCGUGCCUCUGCUGCUCGCAGCGUUUCUCGGCUUUCAUGGCCUCCGCAAACGCUCCCUUUCGCCGUCAGGCGCACUCGCCGCGUUCGUCGUCGGCUUCUCCAUGAUGGCGGUCCCGCUGCGCGCGUUCGGCGUGUCCCUGAUUACGUUCUACCUCGUCGGCUCGCGCGCGACGAAGGUCGGCAAGCAGCUCAAGACGCAGUUCGAGGACGGCCACCAGGAGGCGGGAUAUAGGUCGGCAGCGCAGGUGCUGUGCAACUCUGCGUCCGCGUUCGCGGCGGGCCUGGCGUGGAGCGCGCUGUUUGUGCGCGGUUCGGUGCUCGGGGGCGUGCUUGGGGACGCGCUCCCCCCGCAGGUGCCGUAUGACUUUGACGAGUGGUGCCCGCUGACCCCGCCUGCGUCUGCGAGCUGGAGCCGGCCCUUGCUGUUUGUGCUUCUUGGUCACUUUGCGUGUUGUCUUGGUGAUACGCUCGCGUCCGAACUCGGGAUCCUGUCGCGCUCUCCACCCAUUUUGAUCACUACGCUCAAAACAGUUCCACCGGGCACCAAUGGAGGCAUGUCUGUCACUGGGACAUUCGCGUCGCUUGGUGGCGGGCUUGUAAUGGGUAUCACGCUUGCCAUAUCGCUCCUUGUGGAGAGCAGUGCAUGUAGGGCGCACUGGCAAAAUAUACUGCUUCCGCUUGCUGCGUGGGGAACCGCAGCUGGCGGUCUUGGCUCUCUGCUUGACUCCUUCAUGGGAGCGACGAUCCAGCGGACGCGAUUCUCGAACACCACGAAACGUAUUUUGACAGAUGAGAGUCCCGAACCUACGAAGGAUGUGGACGUAAAGGUAGUGAGCGGAUUGAACAUCCUUACGAACAACCAGGUGAACCUGCUGUCCUCAAUCGUGGUCGCCCUCUUUCUCGGUGCCGUCGCAUGAACGCAUGGUACACUCGCGCCGCCCUGGUGGCCGACUCCUGUUGGAUUAGAUAUGCAUGUUGGGCC